GUCUAAAAUUAUAACAUUAAUAAAAGAAAGGCUUUAUGACAUUGCGUUCAUUUUAAUUAUUUAAGAAAAAAAUAUGUGAAACGUUACAAAAUGGUGAAAUAAAAGGAGUACCGAUAUAUAACUUUAAUAUCAGUAUAAGAUUUUGAAGAAAAUUUAAAGGUUAUGAACAGAUUAAUACUGUACAUAUAUCUGGCGCUUUUGGUGUGCUUACAUGGGGAACAAGCAUGGGGUACCGAAACAGAAGAACCCGAUUGGUAUAAAGAAACGACAGAGAGCAGUAAUACGGUAAUUCAACCGAGCUCAAGCACGGACGUGUCAUGUGAAUCAUGUAGCAGGUCCCUUCCUGGCUAUGUCACAGAAGGUCAAAGUAUUUUAUCUACAGAUUAUAUUGUAACACCGUACGUGGACAAAGAUAAUCGUGGGAGUCACCAGUAUGCGUCAAAUACAAAAGACUUUAUUGUAGAAAGCACUGUAUUAUUUCCAAAUAAGCACUGCGAAGGAUGCGAAAGGUCUCUUCCUCCAUAUGCAAUAGACCAGCCUAUAGUAGUACCGGCGGACUAUAUUUUACCAACACAAACUAAACUAUUGCCAGAUCAGUACGCCACUAAGGGAUGGAAAUUCUUUUAUGAAAGAUUCUAUAAUAAGCGACCGGAAUAUAUUGUUAACUGGUUUGACCAAGACGUGAUCGUCCCCUCUUCUAUAUCAUGUUCAGAAGAAGUAUCCUCUUCCAUUGAUGAUGAAAUUCCUUCAAGCAGUUUAUUUGAUUCUUCUAUUUCAACUUAUUUCAAAAUAACACCAACUAUCUUAACCUCUACUUCUAUAUCAAGUUUAGCAGAUUCAAGUUUAUCAAUUACUUUAUCUUACACAAUCGAUAUGACGUCAUCUUUCGCAAAUUUCAUAUCUUCAACUACUGAUAGUGUUACUACAACGAAAAUAUCUUCAUCUCCAACGACUAGAAUUAUUACUCUUGUUACUCCAACAUUUACCGAUACAUACUCUACGCCAACAGAAACAAUAGCUCAAACACCUUAUUUGACAACAGGAACUGCUACUUCAUCAAGAAGUAACACUGUAACUGUUACUCCAUCAUUUACCGAUGCACAUUCUACUCCAACAAAAACAAUAACUCUAUCGCCUUCUUCGGCAAAAGAAACAUUAUCUUCAUCUAUGAGCAAAAGUUCGUCAUCCUCAAAGACGACUGGAACUGGUAGUGGCACUAUAGCAUUCACCGAUACAUAUUCUACGCCAACAGAAACAACAACUCAAAUGCCUUCAUCGACAACAGGAACAAGUACUUCAUCAAGAAGUAUCACUCUUUCAACUACAAAUGCUGAAACUGUUACUCAAACAUUCACCGAUACAUAUUCUAUUUCAAAAGAAACAAAUACUCAAACUCCUUCUUUGGCAACAGAAACAGUAUCUUCAUCUUUAUUCUCAAAGACGACUGGAACUGGUAGUGGUACUAUAGCAUUCACCGAUACAUAUUCUACGCCAACAGAAACAACAACUCAAAUGCCUCAAUCGACAACAGGAAAAGUAACUUCAUCAAGAAGUAACACUCUUUCAACUUCAAAGGGUGAAACUGUUACUCAGACUUUCACCGAUACAUAUUCUACGCUAACAGAAACAAAAAUUCAUACACCUUCUUCGGAAACAGGAACAGUAACUUCAUCUAAAAGUGACACUCCUUCAUCUUCAACUGUUACUCCAAUAAUUAAACAAACAGUCUCAUCUUCAACAGCAACCAUACCUUUAUCUACCAGUCCUCUUUUACCCUCAAAUACUGCAUCUAUUACUCCAACAAAAACAAUAACUCAAUCACCUUCUUCGGGAACAGGAACAGUAACUUCAUCUAUAAGUAAAACUCCGUUAUCCUCAAUGACGUCUGGAACUGAUACUAUAACAACAGCUCAAAUAUCUUCACCGACAACAGGAACAGUAACUUCAUCCAGAAGUAAAACUCUUUCAACUUCAACUGAUAAAACUGUUACUCAAACACUCACCAAUACAUAUUCUACACCAACAGAAACAAUAACUCAUACACCUUCUUCGGAAACGGGAACAGUUACUUCAUCUAUAAGUAAAACUUCGUUAUCCUCUAUGACGACUGGAACUGGUACUAUAACAUACAUCGAUAUAUAUUCUACGCAAAAAGAAACAACAACUCAAACACCUUCAUCGGCAACAAGAACAGGAAUCACUACUUCAAGAAGUAAUAUUUUUCCAACUUCAAAGAUUGAUGAAACUGUUACUCAAACAUUCACUGACGCAUAUUCUAUGUCAACAGAAACAGUAUCUCAUAUACCAUCCACGACAACAGUAAUCACUACUUCUUCAAGAAAUAAAACUCCUUCAUCUUCAAUGACUGAAGCUGUUACUCCAUCAUUUACCGAUACAUACUCUACACCAACAAAAACAAUAGCUCGAUCAUCUUCGGCAACAGGAACAGUGACUCCGUUAUCCUCAAUGACGUCUGGAACUGGUACUAUAACAACAACUCAAAUACCUUCACCGACAACAGGAACAGUAGCUUCAUCAAGAAGUAUCACUCUUUCAACUUCAAGGGAUGGAACUGUUACUCAGACAUUCACCGAUACAUAUUCUACACCAACAAAAACAAUAACUCAAUCAUCUUUGGCAACAGGAACAAUAACUUCAUCUAUAAGUAAAACUUCGUUAUCCUCGAUGACGUCUGGAACUGGUACUAUAACAACAACUGAAAUACCUUCACCGACAACAGGAACAGUAACUUCAUCAAGAAGUAUCACUCUUUCAACUUCAAAGGAUGAAACUGUUACUCAAACAGUCACCGAUACAUAUUCUAUGUCAACAAAAACAAAUACUGAAACACAUUCUUCGGCAACCGGAACAAUUACUUCAUCUGUAAGUAAAACUUUGUUAUCCUCACAGACGACAGAAACUGGUACUAUCACUUUCACCGAUACAUAUUCCACGCCAACAGAAACAACAACAACUCCGACUGAAACAGUUACUCCAACAUUGAUCGUAACACCCUCUUCGACAACAGAGAGUAUUACGCCAUCUACAACUACUCCAUCUAAUAUUACUCCAUCUUCAACUACUACUUCUUCAACCACAACAACAACUAUAACAGAUCCAGGAGAUACGGAUGAACAGCAGUCAGAUAGCAAAUCUACAAGUAAUAAUGUUCCUAUAAUUGCUGGUGGAGUAGCGGCUGCAGUUGUUACAUGUGCAGUUGUAGGGGUUGUUGUUGCGGUCAAAGUUUGUGCGAAGUCAUCAGUGUCCACUGUUCCCCAGGCAGCUACAUACCAGGCGCCACAGGUUCCUGGUUCAGCCUCAUACAACCCACCUCCAAGCAACACCGGCAAUCAGGGUCCUACAACAAACAACUGUCUUCGAGGAGGGCAAGAUGGGCCGGCAAAUACAAAAUCUAAAAUAAAACUUCCCGAGCCAACACAAACCCGUAAUCUACCGACCUUAAAUGGUCCUCAACCUCCUGCUGCAAACAAUGGAUUGACGUUAGCCUCACAGUUUGAACCUCUGCCAUCGAUUGAAGGUUCUUUCCCAGCAGGUGAUAUAGCAGGUGUUCCGGAAGCUUCUGCAUACACAGCUCCUCAAGUACCUGACGCUCCAGUUUAUUAAAGCUGGUAUUUUGUACUGUUAUGUUAGUUAGAUAUACAAUAAGACCUACAUAUGUCGAUUUUUAAUGGUGUAUUUUAUGCAUAUGAAUUUCAAUAGCGUGUGUGGAUUUUAUAAACGUAUCAGAGACCUAUCCUGAUAUCAUUAAAACUCAACAGAACGUUGACAUUCUCUUCUAGUACGAAUGUAUGUGCAUGCAUGUUUAUAUUGCUCAGGAUUAUUCAUUUCAUAUAUCAUUUUAAUCCUCAAAGAAUAUAAUCAGAGUUACUCUUUCAUCUUUACAUAUAAGGUGCCGGUGCAUUUGUUCAUAACUAGUGUAAUUCAUCAUUUUACUCGUCAUAAUCUGCGUCAUUAACGUCAUAAUCAAAGUUGACAACCUUUAAAGACUUAUAAGAAUUAAAGCAAACCAAUGAAGCAUUGAGUUCAGUGCUUUGAGGGCGUUUGUUUCAUUUAAAUUGAAAAAUAUUUUAGAGAAAUAUGAAAGAUACCUAAUUGUGGUAGUAUAUUUCUGCUGCCAUCAACAGGAAACACUUACUUAUUACAUUACUUAUCAUUAGGUACUAACUUGUUAAUUUUCGUGUUGAUAAGUUAAAUAACGGAUAUUUUCUGAUUAACUAGGUAUAUGUUCUUGGUUUCUCGAUAUUUCAUAGUUUAGUACAAGAUUUAACCUUUUCUUUAUUUCUAAUAAAGUUACUCUAUUGAUAUAACUUUAAUUCUAAUAACUUCAUGUACCGGGACCAACGGUUCUUUUGUUAUAUACCCAUUUUAUUAUGUACCCAUAUUGUAUUAUAAAAUGAUUGGAAGAUAUUAAAAGAUAUGUUCUGUUAAAUAGUUAAAUGACGAAUAAAUAUCCAAAAACACUAAACAAUGCCCACAACUGCCAACGAUCAUCACUCAAAGAAUAUAUGAAAUUUUAUUACUUGGUUAUCUAUAAUACAGAUUAGUAUCAGACAAUUAUCUGAAUAGCAAAUUAAAUUAUUAGUAGCUAGACAAUGGGGAAUACCAUAGACAUAUAUCCCUUAUAUUUCCAAUAAAUACCUGGCAUAUAGUAAUCAAAAGUGUUCUAAAUAUGCCAACACUAACCAGUUGAAUAACUGAUCUUUUUUUUGUUAAUCAUUAAUACUUUCAUGUAAGUAACACACAAUUAUAUUUACAGUUACUAGCGCUGGCAGAUGUGGACACUUGGAAGUUGAUUAUUUAUUUUUGUCAUGUAACUAUAAACACUGGAAAUAUAUCUACUUAAUAAAAUGAUAAUAUAUGUCAUUUAAUUAAUUAACAUGAAAACUAACUAGUUGGUAAGAGGGUUAACAUAAAUAUUAAGUGUUUCAAACGCUAAAUGAUGGUCAAAAUAUACUACCAUACAUAAUGAUUGAAAUUUGUUUUCUGUUCAUCAGCAAUUAGUUAUCAUUUGAUGUUGUGUUUGUUGUUUUUGUUUGUGUUGCAGGUCAACUGGUAUUUUUAUUUUCAAGUGAUAUUAUCAAAAUAAAUGUUUUUAUUUUAA